CCGGGCCGGGGGCGGCGCCGGCGCCGGCAGAAGCUGGCGGCUUUGUGAACGCGCGGCCGCAGCCUCGCCAUGCACGGGUCUGCCGGCGGAGACAUGGACGGGGCGCCCGCGGUUGACAUUGUGGACAUAUAUGAGUCUAUACGUGAAAGACAACGGCAUGACAGUGAAAGGUCUACGUGUAGUACCCUGGAGCAGAAUGAUAUAGAAGCAGUCAAGGCACUUGUUUGUAUGAGCUCCUGGGGUCAAAGAUCACAGAAAGGUGACCUAUUAAAGAUAAGGCCGCUUACACCUAUCUCGGAUUCAGGUGAUUUCACAAUGCACACUGAGACUACAAUGGAAUUGCCAAAGGAUUUCCACUCUCUGUCUACCUUGUGCAUGACCCCGCCUCACAGCCCUGACUUUGUUGAGCCCUCUGCUGCAAUGCUCCUCUCUUCACAAGUCACUUAUUCCAAACCAAGGACUGUUAUGGCAAAUACAUCUGCCUGCUUAGUCACAUCCACAAACUGUGCCUCUGCUGUAGCCACACCAUCUGUCAUAAAUAUGGAGAGGCAGUCCAGUCAGAAGUCAGCAAUAUCUGAACCCCCUGGCCUUCCACCUUGCAGGGCCAUGGCAACUAGCGUGAUACGUCAUACGGGCGAUAGUUCUGCUUACCACCACAUUCCUACUGUGCAAGAGAAAAUAAAGGUAACUUCAGGCAAUGGCAAUUCCAGAGACUGGUGUGGAGCAGAAGAUCAAAAACAUUCCAGAGUUUCACAAGACAAGUGUACUCCUGGUGGCUUAGUUAGCAAAACUUCACCACAACACCAGCCCUGUUUGCGCAACUCCAGUGACAAUGCUACCUGUAAAGAUGAACAGUCAGUACAGUCUGUUUCCCCACAGACUACUUUACCAAAGUUUUGUGAAAAUAACCUACAAAAAAAAGCCACCCAGCUAACACCUGUCCCAGUUUCAAACCCUCAAGUCCUCUGUCAAAUGAUCCCUCUGAACAGCCAAAGAGGAAUGAUUUCUGCCUAUCUGAAGCCUCCGACUCAGACAGUCACGACACCUGUCAAACCUAUUUUGCCCCAAACAGCCCCAAUUUCUCAGCCUGUGCUCAUGGGACCUUCUGUGCCUCAGGGGGCUGUUAUGUUGGUUCUUCCACAAACUGCUGUUGCACAGACACCACAGUGCCCACAAACAGUAAUGACCGUUGGAAGCACCAAGUUACUGCCCCUUGCUCCUGCUCCAGUUUUCAUUACUUCUGGUCAAAGCUGUGCACCUCAGAUGGACUUCUGUCGAAGGAGAAACUAUGUUUGCAACUUCCCAGGCUGCAGGAAAACGUACUUUAAAAGUUCUCACCUCAAAGCCCAUCUUCGUACUCACACUGGAGAAAAACCUUUUAGCUGCAACUGGGAAGGCUGUGACAAAAAAUUUGCCCGCUCAGAUGAACUUUCUCGCCACCGUCGAACUCAUACUGGGGAGAAGAAGUUUGCUUGUCCUGUGUGUGAUCGUCGUUUCAUGCGCAGCGAUCACCUGACAAAACACACUCGGCGCCAUAUGACUACAAAGAAAAUGCCCAGUUGGCAGACAGAAGUGGGAAAACUGAACAGAAUCACUACAGCGGAGAAACCGAAAAGCACUGGCACAUUGAACAUGCUCAUCCCCAUGCCACCACCUACUUGAGUGGACAUGUUGAUAAAGAAGCUGUUCUUGGAACUUUCUAGCAGUUGGGAAGUGCUACAGCAGCUAAAACAAAAUUGACAAUGGCUUCCUAAUUUCUGUUUGCUUUUGUGUGUUUCCACAGGGGGGAGAGAAACUGUCCUUUUUUUUUGGUUCAGUGUAGCAAGUCUUUUGUCCUCUUAUUAUUAUUAUUUUUUUUGUUUUUGUUUUUUUAAUUUGAUAUUUAGGAAACCACAAUCACCAGCACUUCAGAAAAACUGAACUUUUUGAAUCUAUGUUGGCAAUAGACUCACUUACGGAACAUUUUAUUGUUACUGUUUUUGAUGGAAAGUGAAACAGGGUGAUUUUUAAUUUUUUAUACUAAAAUUUUCUAUACAAGAUAUUUUUUGUAUUUGUUCAAUCAGGUCCUGGCAUACAGUCAGUGAAACAGUUUGCAUAACAAAAGGUGGAAACUCCUUUUAAUUAAACCUAAAGAGACAUAGUUAAAAGUAUUGUAUAAACUCUUAAUGGUGGUCAACUCAGACUGUGUUUUUGAGUGUUAUGCAUUUAGAUCCUUAUCUAGCAGUAGCUAGGCACACUCAGACCCUCUCAUAGAUGAGAUUGCAGGGUUUGGACAUAAAAGCCUGUUGCCAUUUAAGAAUGUCUCCAGGAAAAGAUGUAGGCUUCUUGAAACCCACACUUGUUCAUCAAAUAAGAUCCUUUGCAGGGUGGGGAACAGAAAAUGCAUUGAAUACAUCUCAGAACAUUUGCAAUGGAAAGGCAUUGUGAUUUGAGGUAAAAGCUUGAACUUCUCUAUUCUUGAGUUGUUGCUGUAACUGAGCAAAAUUAGAUGAGCCAAGAUUACUCAAAUGGAAGCACAUUCACAAUUACUUCUGAAGAAUUUUGUCACUAGUAAAUGAUUUUACCUUCAGUCCUACUGGAGCCAGCAAACCACAGUUUACAGUAAACACAAAACCAAUAAGGUCUGACAAAACACGUUAUCUUGAUCUCUGAUUUAUAUUUCUCCUGUGCUACAAUUAUAGACUUUCAGAUGCUUAUAGUUUAUUGUAGAUUUUUGCACAGCUAGUGAACUGUUCAAGACUUCCAUUUAUUUGUAUAAAAAUCACCAAAAAAAUUUACUUUGAAAUGCAGCCACUUUGUUAAAAUCAUGAUCCUCUUGUGGCCUUAUAUUUCACGAUACUUUGUAUGCAGAAACACCCUUUUUAUUAAAUUAAAUAUUCUCUCUGUUGAAUGGACUUUCUUUUACACUAGAGUACGGCUUGACUAAGAUCAAUUGCAAACUUGCCAGUGUCAUAGUUAUAAACUUGCCAAUUGCAAACUGAUGUGUUAUAGUUAUAUCUAGUAGCAUGGUAUGAGUAGCAACUUUAGAUGUAUGCAGCACAAUUAGACCUCUCAAGUUCCAUGUCACAAAGUUUGGUCUGAAGAAAAUGAACAUGCAUAUUUUAGGAAACAAUGAUUUGUUGUCAUGCAGUGAGGUCACAUAGGUAGUGUAUCAUCUUUCAUUUCCUUGGCACUCACAAGUAUUGGCUCCAGAACAGGCAUAAACAACUCCUGUGCCUUUUUUAAUGCAAAUAUUUCUGUUUUCAUUAGUUAAUUUCCUGUGAUCUUUCCUCAUUCCAACAUUUCCUUCUUUCAACAUUGAAACUGUAGUUUGAGCUUAGAGAAGAAAACUUAAUUUUUCAAGUGAGUAAGACAUGGAUAACUGUAUUACUUUAUUAGUCUUCAAACCUUGUUUUGCUCUGCAGUUUGUAAGCCGGGUUCUGCUCUCCCCUGGACUGCUGCAAACUGGACUAAGUAGCAGUUCAUCCAUACUUAUUGCUAUUGUUCAUUUCUAACUGAGAACAAAACGUACCCCUAUAUUUAGGUUUUUGAACCUGUGGUUAUAAAUAUUGACAAUUAAUCUUAAGACUUUGCUUAAUGGGCAUGUUGUGCUCGGUGUACUAAAGCUUUAGGCCUAGCCUUUAAAAUAUCCUUUCCUAGUUCCUUUGACAUUUGUAGUGAUGUCAUUGACCAUAAUGUAUGUGUUGGUACUUAUGCAAAUGUCAUUUGUACUUUCCAAAGGGCUCCAUUGUAAUUCCUCUUUUUUGUAAAAUGGAUGCUUGGACUUUUGUUUGUGUUUGUAUCCAACAUGCCAGCCCUCAAAUUUAGUUCUGUUGCACAAAAGAUACAGUCCUGCUCUUCUUGCUUCAAGGAGCAAAAGAGGGAAAAGGUCUGCCUUUUGGAUAUCUUAGCAUAGCUGUACUGUGGUGGUGUUGGAACCUGACCUGAUCAUGCCUUCUCGGUUUCAGAACACUGUUAUCAUGCUUUUUAAAUGACAAAAUGCUUGAUAAUUCCCAUCAGCAAAACAAUUUAGGAACAUCUUGGAAGUAAUUGAGAUGGCUUUGUUCUCUGGUAGCAUCUUGGGACAGGGAGGUGGGGGAAGACGCUCUGAAGAAUAUGUGGUCUCUUUCAAACAUGCAUGCUUGAAGUCAUUGAUCCUACGUAGUGUUUGCAUGCUCCCAUUCAGAGGAGCUGAGGCCCACUUAGAAGUCAGGUGUAGCUAUGUGUUAAGGCCAUUUUAUCCCUGGCUUUUGGAGCUUGAUUGGAACUUGAAGGGCACCUGGGAGACAUGGCUAUGCUUGUGAACAUGCAUGAAUAUCUAAGCCAAAAUGUGGUUCCUUUUGUUUUCACUUUACUAUUUUGUUGACUCAGACUGUGUAAGUCUUGUCCAUGGAUUAAGCAUGACUAGACAAACUGUCCCAGUGCACUUUAUUGCCUGAGCAAUUUUGUUCACACUCUUUACUUUGAGCUUGUUUA